AUGGCUGCGCUCAGAUGUUGUUGUGUUGCCGCUGAAAUACAGGUAGAAGAAAAAGAAACAAAGCAGCCUAAAGAAGGAAUACAACCGCCUCCGCGGACUUUGAAAUCAGACGUUUGGAGAUACUUUGGAUUUUACCGUGGCAAGAAUGGGCUUGACAGGACUCAUGCAAUUUGCAGACUUUGCAACGCUAAAGUUGAGUAUUUUGGGAAUACUUCAAAUCCCCGCGCUCACUUGGACAGACAACACCCAGAGUUAUCAGAGGAAAAGGAUCAUCCACAAACACCGACAACUGAACAACGCACACUUCACCACUUUACAAAACUACCAUUCAGUUCUGAACGGGCAAAGAAGAUAACCAGAUCCAUCGCUUGUUUCAUUGCAAAAGACCUGCGACCAUACAGCGCUGUGGAGAGAGAAGGCUUCAGGUUCAUGAUUAAAACUAUUGAGCCACGGUAUGACAUCCCAUCACGCUCGGUUUUUACAAACAAUAUUGUACCUUCACUUUACAGAGAGACAAAGCUAAACGUGGGGAAAGCUGUGACUAUAGCUAGCAGAGUAGCUCUUACCUGUGAUCACUGGAUCUCUAGGACCACAGAGUCAUACGCUACAUUCACCGCGCCCUACAUCACAGAAUGGGGGCUGAUGCUCACUGACUUGGUGAUUGUUACAGAUAACGCACCUAACAUGACUACUGCUAUGCAGCUUGAUGAGCUAACACACAUAACGUGUUAUGCACACACGCUCAACCUCGCAGCCCAGAAGGCUCUGAAGAUUGGUACUCUGUCACAGGUGCUAGGGAGGAUCAGGCAAAUCACUGGAUACUUCCACAGGAGUACCAUUGCGCGUGAGGCCCUGAAAGCGAGUCAGGCUGAGAAGGGGAUCACGGACAACACGUUGAUAACCGACUUUACAACCAGGUGGAACCGUGCACACGAUAUGGUUGAACGGUUUCUGAAGCACCUGCCUGCUAUAUGUGCCGCUCUCGUCUCUCCUGGAGUGAGAAAAUAUAAUACUGCUGACACCUCCAUGCUAAGUGAUGCAGAAAUCAAGUAUGCUGAAGACAUGGCUAUGACACUCAGGCCAUUGAAAGAUGCCACCAAGAUCAUGUCAGAGGAUUCGUCACCCACACUGUCAGUCAUAGCUCCAUUGAAUACCCAGCUGCUUCAUGACACAAAGGGGGACUUGGCUGACCCCCCACAUGUCCGAGACAUCAAACGAGCGGUACAUGACCACCUGGUAACAAGAUACAGCAGUGAGAAGACUAAAAACCUUCUCCACAUGGCCUUUGCACUCGACCCCAGGUCUAAAGUACUGCCUUUCUUUGCUGGACAUGAGCAGCUGGACAUCAUCCAUGCCAGACUGAUAACAGAGGCUGCAGCACUUAAGAUACCUGCCUAUUAUUACCUACCUAUAAUCUUCUUAUGGACAAAAAUAAAACAUAUUUUUCUUGCAGGAACAGGUGAGGCUAACAGCAGUCCUGUGGAGCCAGAGUCAGGCCAAGAAGAAGGCCCUGCCCCAAAAAGAAGAACAACAUCUGCCACACUGGUGAAUCUGCUGGGGAAGACAUUCACUGAGGACAGAAUUGAUACAAAAUCAGCCAGUACCAGAGCUGAGGAGGAGCUGAAGAAGUAUUUAGAAGAACCUGCACACUCUCUCACAGAAGACCCCCUUGACUGGUGGAAGUUCAAAGAGAGCGAUGUUCCUCUACUAGCCAAAUUAGCUAAACGGUUUCUAUGUAUCCCAGGUACAAGUGUUGCAGCAGAGAGAGUAUUCUCCACUGCUGGAGAUGUAGUGACAGCGCAGCGGAGCUGUCUAUCUCCAGAACAUGUUGAUCAUCUUAUUUUCCUGCAAAAGAACCUACAGAUUAGUGAUUGCUGAAUGAUGGAUAAUAAUCCUCCUAUCCUACACUGACAAAGUUGUGUCCAGCACUUUUGUGAUUUACUGUUAAGAAAAAAAGAGAAAUAACAGUAUUUGUUUAAUUUUAUUUUUGGUUCUCAGUAGUUCUCAGAAAUAUAAAGGCAGCUUGCCUAAGCCUACCAAUUUUAUUUAUGUUACAGACAUUUUAUUACUGCUUUUGAGUUUUGUUAAAAAAAUAUAGAGAUAUAACUAACUAGUAUUUGUGUAAUUUUAUUUUUGGAAGUAGCAUGUUCUCAGAAAUAUAGAGGCAGCUAGCCUAAGCUCAUUUGAUUUAUGAAUCAUUUAUUGUGUUGUUUUACACAAAGAAGUAGUUCCUAAUGAACAGUUAAAGUAUUUUUGCAUAAAUAAUGGUAAUGUUUGGGCAAGUUCUGGCACAGACUGUCCGCUAGCCUAGCCUACCAAUUGUAUUAUAUUGAUAUUACAGUCACAGGAGUUAUAACACUGUAUUUUAUUGUUCUGGUAACUGAGUGAUUCGUAACUGAGUGUCAAAUUCAGUCAGAUGUUAAAAUGUUUUGUUCUAGUUCAAAUUUGUGAAAGCAUGAAUGAAUCAGACAACAUAUUGUCUUGGAUUUACAUUUUUGUGUUUACAUUAAUGCAAUCAGUUGAUAAAACAUUGUCCCUUACAAUUAUAAAAGCUUUUUUUUUUUUAACUCUACUACUUUGCUAGCAUGUCAGCAAACUGGGGUGGAUCCUGCUGAAAUCUUAUGUAUAGAAUUAAUACAGAAUUGUUUUGAAUCGGAACAAUAUCGUUUUUGAAUCGAGAAUCGUGUUGAAUCGAAAAAAUGUAUAUAUUAUCGAUUCGUGACCCCAAGAAUCGAUAUUGAAUCGAAUCGUGGGACACCCAAAGAUUUG